GUUCGCGCUACCCACGGACAGGCAGAUUCAAGAAAUGAGAUACGACGAAGAGGUGGAACGAACGGUUUCUGAAAACGGACAGAAGUCUCAAGGAAAGGAUCGCCUUCAGGACCAGAACGCGGCGAGAUGCUGCCGCCCCGUUGAAAGAUCGUCCAGGCACUGAGUAAUAACACAAAGUAAAAAUGUUACCGACGAAUUCGAGCAAAAAAAAAUUGUGCAUCUGCAAACUGAAGAAAUCUCAAGUUGUUGUCGUUGCCAAAUAAGUCGUGCACAACGCAAUCCUGUGGUCCCAGAAUAUGGCUUCGUCCACGAAGAGGUCAUGGAAACUUCAGGAUUUUGUUGCCCACUCGUCCAAUGUCAAUUGCUUGGCAUUAGGUCAUAAGUCUGGACGCGUUUUGGUCACUGGUGGUGAUGAUAAGAAGGUGAAUCUAUGGGCAGUUGGCAAGCAGAAUUGUAUUAUGAGCCUGAGUGGUCAUACUACUCCUAUAGAAUGUGUCAGAUUUGGACAAACCGAAGAUUUAGUAUGUGCUGGAUCGCAAACAGGAGCAUUGAAAAUUUGGGAUUUGGAACAUGCCAAAUUAGCUCGUACAUUAACUGGACACAAAGCAGGCAUUCGUUGUAUGGACUUUCAUCCAUAUGGAGAACUAUUGGCAUCGGGUAGCUUGGAUACUGCUAUUAAACUUUGGGAUAUUAGAAGGAAGGGUUGUAUUUUCACUUACAAGGGGCAUAAUAGGAUGGUGAACAGUUUAAAGUUUAGUCCUGAUGGUCAAUGGAUUGCUAGUGCAGGAGAAGAAGGCAUGGUUAAGUUAUGGGAUUUGAGAGCUGGCAGGCAAUUAAAAGAAUUCUCUGAACAUAGAGGACCAGCAACGACUGUGGAAUUUCAUCCCCAUGAAUUUUUAUUAGCAAGUGGUAGUGCAGAUAGAACAGUUCAUUUUUGGGAUUUGGAAUCUUUUCAACUUGUAUCUUCUACGGAUCAAAGUCACUCUUCUGCUAUCAGGUGCCUCUAUUUCAGUCAAGGUGGGGAGUGUCUUUACGCUGGUUGCCAUGAUGUAUUAAAAGUUUUUGGUUGGGAACCAGGUAGGACGUUAGAUUCAGUCGCAACUGGUUGGGGAAAGGUACAGGAUAUAGCUAUAGCUCAGAAUCAAUUGAUUGGUGCAAGUUUUCAUACAGCGAAUAUUGUCCUAUAUGUGUGUGAUUUAAAGAAAAUUGCUCCACUAGGAGGUGUUUCAAGGUCUAGUUCUCCAUUUAGUCAUGGGAAUUCGUUAAGAAAAAGUUUUUCUAGAGAAAGGCCACCUGGAUUAAAAAAACACACACUAGAUGUCCGCACUAUAGAGGAGGCAGAUAAGUCAGGAACUGAUCCAGAAGAUGAAGCGACAUUGGCGGAUAUACCCAAUGUUACUGAGUAUCAUGAUGUCUUUCAGCCAAGUAGAUCAUAUCCCACACAACCUCAGAUACUGCAAAAUCUUUCUACCUCAAUGUCAAGCCUGAACACAAUGGAUACAGAAGUUCCACCUGUCCCGUCACCGACAUCUCCGCCUCCGCCUGCACCAACGUUAUCGUUAACGAAACCUGUACCAGUUCGUGUUCAACCUAUAAAAUCGUCGCCACCUGUUCAGAGAAACGCGAUCACGUCUUCUACCCACAUAAAGACGAAUCUUCAGACGAAUAACUGUGUCGGCAGAACGUCGAAGAACCUCGCAUCCAUACCUCCUUUAAGACAGAACAUUACGCCCCUCCCUGGGAAAAAAAGUGGUACCAGUGAACUAGGAACACUAUCGCAACCUUUAGGCCCGCAAAGAUCUAAUUCCACGUUAACACCGCGUGUAGCACCGAUGGCCGCCGUUCUUCCAGUAAUGGACGAUGGAAAAUUGAAGAACAGAGCACCUAGCCCGGAUUCUCCGAAGCAUUACUUGAAAAGACAGAGUAGCUGUAGAGAUGGAGAACAGGGUUACGAAAGCGAUUUCCCGGUACAAAUUAAUAGUAUAAGGCACAGCCCCUCCGAUCCUGCGUUAAACAGGUCAAAUUCCGCGCAAUCUAGGUCCACCUCGCUGAACAGGAACUUUGCUACCUCAACGUCGCUGACCGCGGCGUCGCGAAACGCUUCCACAACAACGACGUUCGCCGCGAAGAAGACAAACAAAGCUCAAGUACCCCCGAAUCCUAAGUUGGAGAAGGAAGAGUUCGUGCCUAUUAGUGCGGAUAAACCUUAUGGUUUGGACGUCGAAACUUUUUUACCAGGUCAUUUUGCCAGUUCAACUGGAUUAAGUUAUUCUCCGAUGAGAGUUCUUAGCGAGAUGUCAGAAGCCGAAGUACUCAACAGCAUUAUGGGAGGUCACGAAUCGAUGAUGGCGGUACUUACGAGUCGGCAUCGUUCCCUACAAAUCAUUUACUCUUUAUGGCACAAUAAAGAUCUUAAGGCUGCAGUGGAAUCUGCUGUGGCGAUGAACGAUCUUCCUGUUAUCGUGGAUCUGUUGGGGAUAAUGACCUUAAAGCCAUCAAUGUGGAACCUGGACUUGUGUAACUCCCUACUCGGGCCGAUCGGUGAUUUGCUACAAAGUAAAUAUGAAAUGUACAUGACAGUGGGCUGUUCGGCAUUGAGACUAAUUCUACGAAACUUUGCAUCGGUGAUCAAAUCGAACGUGGAAGCGCCCCUUCACUCGAUCGGCGUAGACGUGUCGCGAGAGGAACGAUACCACAAGUGCCUCUCCUGUUACGAGAAGCUCUCGACGAUCAGGGGUAUUCUUUUGAAGAAACAGACGAUGCCGGGCAAGCUGGGCGCCGGUUUUCGCGAACUGGCUGUACUGAUGAGAAGUAUCGAGUGACCAAAGCUGAGUCAACUGGUGAGCACGACCGCCAGACUAGUCGUUACCUGACAGAGGAACGAGAGAGCUCGAACGAAGCGCAGCGUGUGGGCUACCACGAGGGAGAAUUAUCAUCAACGUGCUUUCGAGCUUCUUCACUCGGGAAAGUUUGCCGGUCCGGUACGUCGGGGAUCGCUUCUUCCUUCGUUCCUCGACUCGUUCCGAGUCCUGAAUUUCGAUCGGCGAUACGUUCGAGGUGACAGACAGAAUACGGUGAAACAUCCGCGACAGUGAUGACGACGACGACGACGACGACAACGACGACGACGUAAAGCUGUGAAAUGGAAGAAAGAGAUGAUUUUCUUGUCUAAUAAACUUGAGAGAUAACAUUGAGCGAAUGUACAUUGCCUGAAUGCUAAUGCUGCUGAUGAAUUUGAUGCGCGGUGUCGAGACUAGGCCGUUCGCCGGUCUUGCGUGCACAAGAGCGAUUAUUUAUCAAGUAAUCUUGAUUUCGAUCGAGAUCGGAGAAUCUCGUUGCGGGAAAAGUUUCGUUGAUCGUGAUCCGAAGCUUGCGUCAAUUUCUUGAUUUGAAUUUUGUAGAUCUUUUGGUACCGAGAGAGCGUAUUCGUGCAUUAUAAAGAUGUUCAUUCCGAGGGAUGAUUGUAAAAUGUAUUGUAAUGUAUAAUAUAUCGCGCUAUUUGGUGAUGUACAUCAUUGCACGAGAGUUCAGAGACACUUUAAUCACGCGUUGCUUCCUCCGUGAGACGGGGGAUCCGUACGAUGCUGUUACGAAGGCGAAAUUUUUCUCGAAGCGGUUUCUUUCGCGCUCCCAUGAUAUUUUGACGGCCUUCUUGCCACAAACCCAUGUUGAUCCAUGCAAGCGAGUGCAUACCUCGCUGAAUACAGAGGAACACGCCAGGACGACGACGAUUAACGACAUACAAGUUAAUUAAGAAAAUAUAAAAUAAGUAGUAACACUUUCUCUAGAGAUAAACAGAAACAGAUGAUGAGUAACAAAUUGUAUUUUUGCAACAGCCAUUUGCGUCCGUUCAAUUAAUAAAAAAAAGAAAAAGGUACUCUAAUCGUACGUAUGUCUUACAAUUAAAAUUCCCGAUGAUAUCGCACGAGUAUUGAACGAGAUAAAUAAUUUUUAUGGUACGAAAACACAAUCACAAAUAACGAUAACCGUUUGAAAAGGAGACGAGGAUGUCGUCCUUUUACACAUUUCUUUCAGUUUUUUUAUAGUUACUUAUUCUUAAAGGACAGUUGAAAGCAAACAAGUUUUUGAUAAACAUAUCUAUGAAUACAAUUCUUAUCGUUUCGAACGUGAGACGCAACAAUCAUUUUUUCGGCAUCCUCCAUUUCAUUCUCGUCUCCUUUCCAAUGAUGCCCCAGUGAUGCCGGUUUAACUUUUCCCCGUUUUUCCGCCUUAUUCUUCGUCCAUUCACCAGCGACUUAUACAUAUACCGUAUCGCUAAUAAGCGUCGCAUUACGAGGGAUUUCAUGAUGAAUAACAAAGUCAUCGCUCGUUAGAGUACCAGGAAAAAAAUGUUUUUUUAAAAUUGUAGUUUAUCCAGCUUUUUAGUAUUUCAGUUGUUAAGUAUAGUAUUGAAAAUAUAUGUAUUCAUAAAAAAUGCGAUUGAAUCCCUCACGUGAAAUCGCUCGUAUUACACUUAAAAAAAUUACGGUGCAAUACUCUCGUCAUUGAACACGAGAGGAGAGUGAUACAAAGAUUUUUUCGAGAGUUUUGGGAUUUCUUUUUUUGUACAGAGAUGGAUGUAUCUACUGCGAACCUUUCGACAUCAUGUUCCAAUGACAAUUUUUGGGAUCAGAGAAGCAAUCGGUCGGUGUGCAUGUACAAACGUGUAACGAGAAGAGAAAAGAUAGAAAGAGACUAGAUAGUAUUAUUUUAGAGCGAUUAAGCGAAGGGGAAUUUUCUAACGGAAGGGAUGAGCGUAUUUUGUAUUUACAUAGUUUUAAACGCAUUCGCGAUAAAAAGAAGAAAAAAACAUAAACGAACGAUUACUUUUAAUCGUUCAACCACUCUUUGUAUUUUUCGAGAUCAGUAUUUUGAAACUACGAAAUUCUUGAGCGAGGAGCUGUCGGAUACCGAAUUUGUACGUUCAGAGUUACCGUACUUUAUCUUUCUUUUUAAUGCUGGUUCGAUGUUAUAUGUCGGGAAGAAAUAUUUGGGUGUGUAUCAUUUUAUAAAAUGUGCUACACCUUCCAUUCUCCACCGUAUAAGAAUUUUAUUAACAACCUGUUUUUAUACCAUGUGAUCAAGUAAAUUAUAUUUACUGCUGAAAAAACGAAUAUUUUUUGUAACUCCUGUUGCAUAUUAGACGUUUUUAUCACUUUGUAUUUAUUAUAUUUCGGUCAUAUUAAUUUUUUCUGAUGGCAUUAUUUAAAGAAAGAAGAAGUCCUUCUUCGAUCCCGCAGAAUUCUCGGUGGAACAGAGAUGACAAAAGGAGAGAACGAAGCGAAACGAAGCGCUCAAAACUGUGAAUCGUCGAACACGCAAUUACAAACGCUGUUUUAAUUAAGCGAUUAAAUAACGAACGAGAGAGAAAAAUAAAGCAGAACAUAAAAUCACGAGCACGAGGAGAUUGAUAGAUAACUCGUCAUCGGUUCCGUCCAACGUAUUUUUGUAAGGGAGAGAAAGUGCGAGAGCUAAAAAGAAUGAGUGUGUGUAUACAGUUUCUAAUCCCUUCAGUCGCCCGUUUCCGGGAUACGUUUGUUAAUAUCUGUACUCACAAGUAUUAGGACAUUUAACUUUUACGUAUGUCACUAAAUCGGAACAACAAAAUAAUUAAAAAUUAUCGUCUCAUAUAAAUCGAACGCAAAAUUAAAAAGUGUAUAAUCUUUAAUAAAUUUCUUAUGUUGUAUUAAAUGUCCUAAUACUUAAGGCUGGCAGUGUACGUUAGCUGCGACGGCUACAAGAUUUUUUACACUCUUCGACUAACUGUCUACUUUGAAAUUUUCUACUAAAAAUCCUUUCUCGUAAGACUUAUAAAUGUCUAUCUAAUUAUUUGGGUCUGUAGCGAGGAACGCGAUCAAUUUAAUCAAGCAAGAGAGAUAUUAUAACGCGUCGCAGCUGAAGCGUCAAUCGGUUCAAUCAAAUUGACAGUGCGCAUCCUCGUGCACGAGGAGGCUAAUCGGGUUACCAUUCGACCACGAUGUAAAUACAUAUACAUACAUACGUAAACGCCUUCGUUGUCUAAGCCUUUGCACUCCUAACAAACAAAAUACUACGAGCUGUCUACGCUCAAUUAAUUGUAACUCGACACACACAGAAACACACAUACCCACUGGGUGAUACCGUAGAGCUUACAACAGUAGGGCUGAACUAUCGUGUAACUUGACAAGUGAUUCCGACCCUCCGUGUAGCGAACAUAGCUUAGACUGAGGAUUUUUAUAAACGAUACAAAUGAAAAUUCAAGCAUGCUCUAUUUAAGGCAUGGUACGAAUUUCUGUUUCGGUCCCACGUUUCCCAGUGUACUUACAAACAUGUAACUCUCCAUAAGAAUCCGCAGUCUACUUUUUAUACUAGAUUUUUUAAUCGUUUUCAUCGUGCCAGUUUAAUAGACAUCGUUUUCUUUCUUUUUAAUUAGGAACAUCGCCGCCACUAUUACGUAUACGUAAGAUAACAAUCAAAACGGAAGGGGUCGAUGUUCUUCAUCUUCCGUUCUUUCGUUUCAUCGUCAAAGAACAUUUCGCUAUUUUGUAGAUCGAUAUUGUUAAAGAUUAAGGCAUAGCCGAGUGAAUGGUGGAGAGGGUGAGAAGAUGAGAAGCGUACGGUUCUAAUCUAAGAAGAUUAAAAAUAUCACCGUCAGCUAGAACGUUCUAGUUUUGUACGUUAAUGUAAAUAACGAUAACGAUAUUUUCUAUAUAUAUUAAUCGUACUAUUCCUCGUACUACUUGCGAUCGCACCAGUGCAAACAACUAAGAGGCCUGCAGAAAACGCGCAGGGACGAUACGUUCAUUUUUAUGUUGUUUUCCCUUGUUGGAAUGUCAAAGAAUUUUACGUGAGAGACGAUAUUCAGCGAUAAAAAGAGGUUUCGAAAUUUGAUUAGUGUUAAGUUCCAAUUGGAUUGGUGUUGUUUUUUUUUUUUUUUAUAAUAUAUUUUAUCUUCAACGUACGUUUUAAGGUGUUCUCUGUAAGGGAAUGAUCGAGUAAUCAAUGAAACCUUUGCGAAUUCAUGCGAUUCCUCCGCUUUGACUUGACUGGUUUUUGUAAUUAAUCGAGCUUGUCUUUCUGACUGCCUUAAUUACUCGUUUCCAUGCGACGUUUCCUCAUUCAAAGCGUUCAACUAAUCGAACUUAGCGUUUAAGGAUCAGCCUCGGAACAAAUGGAGAAAACGAAUAAUAAUUCUAUUAAAAAUUUA